UGUGAGUGAGGUAAACAUCCUCCCACUAACGCUUUUUCAAAUUUGUGAGGGAAAGUGAGUCCGUGCGGAGCGCGAGCGCGUCCCAUAAUGCACUCGCCACUCAGCGGGAAACCAAAAUGGCGAGAGCGAGCGAGCCAAACCAGCCGUUUACCAUAGUGUAAAAUACUUAAUACGUUAGAUUCAUCUCUCAAAAGCAGCACCAUCUCGAUUUACAGCGGAGCGCCUGCUGACCGUUUAUGGUGUAGUUCUUUGUGUUUGUGAGGCAUUGUAACCCGGGAAAGUGGCCGAAUGAGAGACUCCGCAAGUUUAGAUAACCUGGCCGCCCACCAAAAAUCAACUCCAAAUCACCAACACAAGUCACCGGUGCCUUUGUCACAAUUUCCCCUGAAAGAUGGGCUGACCGACACAGCCAAACUCGCCAGCAAGUUUGAAGAAGGGCAGGACGUCCUGGCCCGAUGGUCAGAUGGCCUCUUUUACCUGGGAACUAUCUCCAAGAUAGAUAAACAUAAGCAUCGCUGCUUUGUGAUUUUUGAAGAUCAAUCUAAAUCCUGGGUUCUGUGGAAGGACAUUCAGACAGUUGACAGACCUCAGAGUCUCCAGGCUUACACAAACCGUAAGUCCCACAUCGAGCCAGGAGACAAGAAUAGGGAAGGGGACAGUGGUGGGGAAAUGCUCUGCUCUAUAUGCCAGAAUGAAAGCUCCGAGCCCCCCAAUGAAAUAGUUAUCUGUGACAAAUGUGGGCAAGGAUACCAUCAGCUAUGCCAUGCUCCCAUAAUUGACUCCAGUGUCAUUGCCUCCGAUGACAAAUGGCUGUGCAGACAGUGCGUGUUUGCUACAACAACAAAGAGAGGCGGUGCACUGAAGAAAGGGCCAAAUGCCAAAGCCCUACAGGAAAUGAAGCAGUCUCUUCCAUACGCCCUUGAAGAUUUAGUGUGGGACCAGGGCCACAAGACCAACAUCCAGCAAUGCUACUGCUACUGUGGAGGGCCUGGCGACUGGUAUCUGAAGAUGUUGCAGUGUAAUAAGUGUAAACAGUGGUUUCAUGAAGCCUGCAUCCAGUGUUUUCAGAAGCCCAUGCUCUUUGGAGACAGGUUCUAUCUAUUUAUUUGUUCUGUUUGUAAUAGUGGACCAGAGUACCUCAAACGUUUGCCUCUGAGAUGGGAAGAUGUUGCACACCUGAGCCUCUAUAACCUGAGUGUAAUUCAUAAAAAGAAAUACUUUGACUCAGAACUCGAACUGAUGACUUACAUCAAUGAAAACUGGGACAGGCUUCAACUUGGCGAGCUUGCAGAUACCCCAAAAGCAGAACGAUAUGAAUGCAUUCUGGAAGCACUUAACAGCAACCUCAACAUGUUCAUGUCAGGGAAAGAGAUAAAAAAGAAGAAACACCUGUUUGGAUUACGAAUUCGCUUCCCGCCAGCCCCACAGAGUUCUGAGCUCCUGUCAGGUCGAGAACCCGAAAAAGCCUCCCAUGAGAUCAAAAUCAAAGGCAGGAAGGCCACCAAACCCCCUCAUUCAUGCAGCACUGUCAAUAAUGGAGUGAAGAAAGGAAAGAGGAAGCAUCACACACACUCCUUAGAGACGUUGGCCAAACUGAGAAGAUCAAGUGAACUUUUGGGACAGAAUGAUGGGAAGUUUCCAACUCUAGACAACAACUCACUGGACUUGAUGGCUUCAAAAAGUGCUAAAAUUGAAAAAUCUUUGCCUUCAUCAAGUACCUCAGAUGUUGAAUCUGUUGGUGCCACCAGCAACAGUGAAACUACCUCAACCACCCUCUCAAGGCAGUCCAGAAGAGACUUCUUUCAAAAACAAAAUUUUACUGACCUCAAACUUUUAAAUGUUUGGGCAGUCCGAGCGGACCACGCACUGGAUGCUUAUGGCCCACCAUCACACAGCCGCCGAUUAAGAGACGUCGGGGGCGUCCACGACGAGCACUGCAGCCCCCAAAUCCAGAGAUUCCUCCACCCUGCAACCCGGAGCUGCAACCCAGCAACAACGUUCCCGAGCCCAGCCCCCUCCCCUCCUGCCUCUACAGCGGCAUGGACAUCAUGCAGGGCCUGGACCCCAGCACCCAGCUCAACCAGCUCAAGAGUUCCAUCAGCACUUACUUCGGCGCUGCAGGACGCCUGGCCUGUGGGGAGAAGUACCGUGUGCUCGCUCGCCGUGUCACUAAUGACGGCAAAGUCCAGUACUUGGUGGAAUGGGAGGGUGUCACUGCCUCCUGAGCUUCAUAUCAGUCUAAUGUAUUUCAUUUCUUGACAGUAAAUGUGUAACCCAUAAGGAGAGAAAGGCAGUGAUUGUGCCCAGAUGUAUGUGGUUGACUCAGGACUAUAAGAAAGAGAUGGGACUUUGUAAAGUUCUGUGUAUGUGACCUGUCUCUGUGGAAAUUGAAACGGAAUGCCUUCACAUGGACUGGAUUUACACAUUGAAGGUGGCUGUAGUUUCAGGUUUAGGACAUAAUCAAUUCACUACUUUGUGAAAAUAACCCAUGUCCUUGCUUUUUCUCUCUGAUGUGGAGGUGCCUUAAGGGGAUGUGAAACAGAUACUAUAUAUGCUGCUGGAGACAGAGGAUUUUUGUUCUGCUUAUUCAUUUAAACAUUUUCUUAUAGCUCGAAUUGCCAAGAGGAGAGAGCGCUAUUGUCAAUAGGGCACUUUUAUUUACAUUUCAACUGAUUGCACAUAAGCUCUCAUCCUGUACAUCUAGUAUUUUGUCAUCUCAGUUUAAACAGCCUACCUUGAGAAUUUGAUUAUAAAAUGAGAUUGAUGUUAAAAAACAAUGGGAAAUGGUUCAUUGUUCUCCUGCCACAAAAAAAAAAUUAAAAUAUAAGAGUAGCAUUAAUAUUUACAUAAAAUCUUGGUAUUUGAAACAUUCCACAUUCCCAGAAGGCUAAUCGAAGGCUUUUUUUUUGUUUAUAAUUGUCUCUUUUUUUUUUAUUAUUAUUUUUUUAAUAUAUCUUAUCUUAAAAGCAUAUGACAGCGCUGUAGCGUUAGGUCUUUUGUAUAUCCUCCCCUCAAUAUCUGCCCUGGUAAUUUAAGUUAUAAAGGUUUUUAAUUUUAGGCUAAGCGCUUUUUUUUUUUUUUAUCCUGAAUCGAAUGUCUAAUUUGUCUGGUCUUAUUUGUAUACUUUGUUAUACUAUGCAACUAAUUCAGCAGACCUGUGUAUAUCGGCUUUUUUUUUUUUUUUUUGCAAUUUUAGCUUCACGUUUCAAUCAGAAAACAGCAGCAAUAUUUUUGUUACAAUUGACUCAGGCUUUUUGUGGUGCUAUUUAUUACUUUUUUUUUAACAGUGUACACUAACAAAUUGUCAAUUCACAUGAGCACUCAGGUUUAUUUACAACUUGUAGGACAUCCAAAUGAGAUUUUCAGUUCUUAGCUUUGUAUUUUCAUACAUUUCUAAAAUUCUAAAGUUGUAUGAAUUUUUAGGUGGACUUUUUUUUUUUUGACCUGAGAAUUCCCUGUUCUCAAUAAUAUUAUCUAACCACUUGCAGCGGGUGGAAGUAGAAUUGGUAUCGGCAAGUUUUGGACUUCAACAUUAAUACCUCCUGAUUUUGAUACAAAAAAAAAAUUCUAUAAAUAUUAAACUCUUGUUAUGUGUAUGAAGCAUUAUUCAGUUGGUGUACCAGUGUUAGUAAAGCUUGCUUUGUAUUUUCCUGGCUUUGAGCAGGCUCCUUUAGCCAAAGAAUAAAGAUCUGAAACCUUA